AUGGCCGAUAGAAGAAAUCCACCUGUCGACGCAGAUGAGUUUGUCGAAGCCUUCGCAAGAAGGAUGGAGGCAAAUCAAGUCGGUGGGAGGCUAGGACGACUAGUAACACACAUAAGGAGUCUAGGAGCAACGAAAUUUACUGGAGGGAAACCUCACGAGGCUGAAGAAUGGAUUUACAAUCUGGAAAUCCACUUUGAAAUGAUGGACUGUACCCACGUAGAGUUACGAAGAGUGGCUACUUGUCUUUUAGAAGGAGAUGCUCGUUUCUGGUGGGACACGGUCAAACGUGUCACACUCCCUGCAACAAUGGAACUCAUGGAAUGGGCUGUCUUCAAAGAGAAAUUUCUGGAAAAAUAUUUUCCACAAGUUGAGAAAGACAAGAAAGAAUUAGAGUUUAUUCAACUUACCCAAGGAAAGAUGACUGUGAUUGAGUAUGAGACCAAAUUCACUAAACUUUCUCGUUUUGCUCCACACAUGGUAGAUACCGAUGACAAAAAGGCAAGACGAUUCAUUGGAGGACUGAACUCCAAUAUUCGAAGAAUGGUCACUCAGCGUGGAAUCACGUACGAGGAAGCUGUGGACAAAGCCCUAACUCAAGAGGAAGAAAAUCAAAAAUACCGCAUGGAGAAGGAGCGAGAGAAUGGCUUCCGAGGAAAGAGAAGUCAUCCAAUGUCUAACCAGAAAAGCGGACAACCAUGGAAUCAGUAA